AUGGAAAAAAAUAUUAUUUUAAUCUUAAUUAUUAAAUUUUAUGCGUUUAUUCUUUUACGUUGUUUAUUUCAUUUAGAAAAUGAUAGCACUCAUAGAACAUCCUUGAAUAAUAAUUAUAAACUUGGAAAAACUAUAGUUAUAAGAAAUUAUCGACUACUAGCAAAAUAUAAACAAGAUGUCUAUUCAAGUAAUUCAGUUUUAAGAGAAGACAUGUCAAAUAAACUGAAGUACGAAAAAAAAGAUAUACAUAAUAAAGAAAAAGCAAUAAAAGGAAAAAACAGUAAAUAUAAUAGGAGUUUACUAAAUCAAGCGCAAUAUUAUACAGAAUUUAUUGACUAUAAUAAUGGAAUGUUUGAUGGUAAACAUUUCCAUUUUGAAAAAAAAUGGAUAAAAAAAAAGAAACAUGAUGAUUUCCUUAAAAAAAACAAGAGAAUUGGAAAUAUAACUUUAAAAAAAAUAAAACUUAGAAGUUACAGUUUUGGAGUUGCUAUAAUUUUUCUUAUUGUUUUAUUGGGAAUAGGGUAUCCCAUUUUACAUAGGUAUGAUUUGCUGAAAGAAGCUGGAAAAGAGUUAUUAGAAUUUAUACAAUUGACGGACCAUCUUAAAACCGUAGAACCCUAUAUUUGCAUAAUAUUAUACGGAAUACUUAUUGUUUUAUUAUCACUAAUACUAAUCAUAGUCUUUCCAAAGAUAUUAAUAAAUAAUGAAAAGUAUAAUAAAUAUAAGUUAAUGACUCAGUAA